AGCUCCUCUCUUUCCCUUCCAAAAGGGGGUAUCAAAUUAUCAAUAAACAUUCACUGUGUAACUUCAUUUUAACCUUCUUUUGAUCCGUUCAAGACACGAAAUCUCUCAAAUUUUCCGUUUUUAGAGUGAAAACAGUUUCAAAAUUCUCUCUUUUCAUGUGGGUAGUUUAGUUCCAAAACAACAGGUUGAGUUACAAGACAAGCGAGUGAGUUUAGUUUAGUUUGUUUGCGAAAAAAAACAGUGGACAUUUGAAUGGCUUCUAGUAGUAAAGCAGGAAAUUCUCAAAAGCAACAAGCACAAUCUUCAGGUACGAGCAACAUAAGGCCCCGUCAUAACACCGCGACAGACUCUGUGACUGUGAGCAAAGCCAUUGCUCAGUACACUGUUGACGCUAGGCUACAUGCAGUUUUUGAACAAUCUGGGGAGUCAGGUAAGUCCUUUGAUUAUUCACAGUCUGUUAGAACCACAAGCCAAUCUGUUCCAGAGCAACAAAUCAGUGCUUAUUUGUCAAAAAUUCAAAGGGGUGGACAUAUCCAACCCUUUGGUUGUAUGAUAGCCGUCGAUGAACCCUCCUUUAGAGUCAUAGCUUAUAGUGAAAACGCCGGUGAAAUGUUAGGUUUGACUCCUCAAUCAGUGCCUAAUCUUGAAAAGCAAGAGAUUUUAACAAUUGGGACUGAUGUACGGACGCUCUUCACUCCAUCAAGUUCUGUUUUACUUGAGAAAGCCUUUGGUGCGAGGGAAAUUACGUUGUUGAACCCGGUUUGGAUUCAUUCUAAGAAUUCGGGGACGCCCUUUUACGCGAUUUUGCAUAGGAUUGAUGUAGGGAUAGUUAUUGAUUUAGAGCCUGCGAGGACAGAGGAUCCUGCUCUCUCUAUUGCAGGAGCUGUGCAGUCUCAGAAAUUGGCUGUGCGCGCGAUUUCGCAAUUGCAGUCACUUCCUGGGGGAGAUGUUAAACUGUUAUGUGAUACUGUUGUUGAGAGUGUGAGACACCUAACAGGGUAUGAUAGGGUUAUGGUGUAUAAAUUUCAUGAGGAUGAGCAUGGUGAGGUUGUGGCUGAGAGUAAAAGGCCUGAUUUAGAGCCUUAUAUUGGGUUGCAUUAUCCAGCUAUGGAUAUUCCUCAGGCAUCACGGUUUCUGUUUAAGCAGAAUAGGGUUAGGAUGAUUGUUGAUUGUCAUGCUUCCCCACUUUGCGUGAUUCAGGAUGAAGCGCUUAUGCAACCUUUGUGUUUGGUUGGUUCAACACUUAGGGCACCUCAUGGUUGUCACUCUCAGUAUAUGGCUAAUAUGGGAUCAAUUGCCUCGUUGGCCAUGGCGGUUAUUAUUAAUGGAAACGAUGAGGAAGCUAUUGGUGGAAGGAACUCGACCAGGCUUUGGGGUUUGGUUGUUUGCCAUCAUACUUCUGCUCGGUGCAUUCCAUUUCCACUCCGUUAUGCCUGCGAAUUCCUGAUGCAAGCUUUUGGACUCCAAUUGAAUAUGGAAUUGCAUUUGGCAUCUCAGUUGUCUGAGAAACAUGUUCUGAGGACCCAAACUCUAUUGUGUGAUAUGCUUCUUCGUGAUUCUCCAACUGGCAUUGUUACUCAGAGUCCUAGUAUAAUGGACCUUGUCAAGUGUGAUGGGGCAGCACUCUAUUACCAAGGGAAGUACUACCGUCUAGGUGUGACCCCGACUGAAGCCCAGAUAAAGGAUAUUGUGGAUUGGUUGUUGACUUCUCAUGGAGAUUCAACUGGUUUGAGCACAGACAGUUUGUCUGAUGCAGGGUACCCCAAGGCAGCCACACUUGGAGAUGCAGUUUGUGGGAUGGCUGUUGCUUAUAUCACCAAAAGGGAUUUUCUAUUCUGGUUCCGGUCCCAUACAGCAAAAGAAAUCAAAUGGGGUGGUGCUAAGCAUCACCCUGAGGACAAGGAUGAUGGACAAAGGAUGCAUCCACGUUCUUCAUUCAAGAAAUUUUUGGAAGUGGUGAAGAGCCGCAGUUUGCCAUGGGAAAAUGCUGAAAUGGAUGCAAUUCACUCUCUGCAGCUGAUUUUGCGAGACUCAUUUAGAGACGCUGAAGCAAGCAAUUCUAAGGCUGUUGUAAAUGCACAGCUUGGGGAUCUAGAGUUGCAAGGAAUGGAUGAACUCAGUUCAGUUGCCAGGGAAAUGGUUAGGUUGAUAGAGACUGCUACUGCUCCCAUAUUUGCUGUUGAUGUCAAUGGCCUCAUUAAUGGGUGGAAUGCGAAGGUUGCAGAGUUGACUGGCUUACCAGUUGAGGAAGCAAUGGGGAAGUCCUUGGUUCAUGAUCUUGUUUUUAAGGAAUAUGAAGAAGCUGUUGACAAUCUUCUGCAUCGUGCGUUAAGAGGUGAGGAAGACAAGAAUGUAGAGAUGAAAUUGAGGACAUUUGGCUCGGAAAAUUAUAAGAAAGCUGUCUUUGUGGUGGUCAAUGCUUGCUCUAGCAAGGAUUACACAGAUAGCAUUGUUGGAGUUUGCUUUGUUGGCCAGGAUGUUACGGGUCAGAAAGUGGUGAUGGACAAAUUUAUUAACAUACAAGGUGAUUACAAGGGCAUUGUUCACAGUCCCAAUCCUUUGAUCCCUCCCAUAUUUGCUUCAGAUGAAAACACAUGCUGCCUGGAAUGGAACACUGCCAUGGAAAAGCUCACUGGGUGGCCUCGGGGGGAGAUAAUUGGGAAGAUGUUGGAUGGGGAAGUUUUUGGCAGUUGCUGUCAGCUCAAGGGUCCAGAUGCUUUGACAAAGUUCAUGAUUGUCUUGCACAAUGCAUUUGGAGGACAGGACACAGACAAGUUUCCUUUUGCCUUCUUUGAUCGGAAUGGGAAAUAUGUGCAAGCCCUUUUGACAGCCAACAAAAGGGUAAAUAUGGAAGGCCAGAAUGUAGGAGCUUUCUGCUUCUUGCAAAUUGCUAGUCCUGAAUUGCAGCAGGCUCUGAAAGUCCAGAGGCAGCAGGAGAAGCAAUGCUUUACUAGGUUAAAAGAGUUGGCUUACAUUUGCCAGGAAAUAAAGAAUCCCUUAAGUGGUAUACGCUUUACUAACUCCCUUUUGGAGGCUACAGACUUGACUGAAGAUCAGAAGCAGUUCCUUGAGACUAGUGCUGCUUGUGAGAAGCAGAUGUCAAAGAUCAUAAAGGAUGUAGACCUGGAAAGCAUUGAAGAUGGUUCAUUGGAGCUUGAGAAGUCUGAGUUCUUACUUGGGAGUGUCAUAAAUGCUGUUGUUAGCCAAGUAAUGUUGUUACUGAGAGAAAGAAGCUUACAAUUGAUUCGGGAUAUUCCAGAAGAAAUCAAAACUCUGGCUGUUUGUGGUGAUCAGGCAAGAAUUCAACAGGUUUUAGCUGAUUUUUUGCUUAAUAUGGUUCGGUGUGCUCCACCAACGGAAGGCUGGGUAGAGAUUCAUGUUCGUCCGACGUUAAAGCAAAUUUCUGAGGGACUAACAAUUCUGCAUGCUGAAUUCAGGCUGGUAUGCCCUGGUGAAGGUCUUCCUGCAGAGCUGGUUCAAGACAUGUUCCAUACCAGCCGAUGGAUGACUCAGGAGGGCCUGGGGCUGAGCAUGUGCAGGAAGAUUUUAAAGCUCAUGAACGGUGAAGUCCAAUAUAUCAGAGAGUCUGAAAAAUCCUAUUUCUCAAUUGUCCUUGAACUUCCACUGUCUCGGAGAGGAUCAAAAAGCGUUGUUGACUAGAUUAUUCCCAUGAGACGCUCGAAAUUUGGAUCUUUCUCAAACUUAACUUGAGAUGCUUAUUCUGGUAUAUACUCAAGAGUAUGUAUUGCAUAACCCAGUUACACGGUCUACUUAGCCACCUGAUUCAACUAAUGCUUGUCAAUAAAUGUAGGAAUUUUGGUUACCAGCUCAGUAAAGUUGUUUGUGCUUGCUAUUUUCUGAUAAUGGGCUAAACCAAUAUCCUCUGUGCCACUGACCUCCCAGCUGGAGUUGAGGUUACCACGAGGGUAUUGGUUCAGUUGAGAUUGUUGUUAAGGUUACCAUAAUGUGAAGUCUUUACCGACUUACAGUUGGACUUAUUUACAUCUUUCCCGGUCGAAAGCUUGUAUUCUAGAUAUAUGACAAUGAAUUAUAUCAAAUUUCCAUGAUAAAUGUAACAUAUUAUUCGGGGUUACUGGCAGAACGCUAGUCUUCAGGAUUACUCUCAG